AGCUAGCAAGGCUCUCACACCCAUUGUAGAAUUAUAUCUUUUUCUUUUUAAUUCUACUGGGCUUCUACUUCUAGCCACUGUUUUUGAGCUUCUUUUACACCCCAGAAAAGAAAAAAAAGCUCCCUUUUUUGGUUGGGAAAAUGGGUGAUGAAGUGAUAUUGUUGGAUUUCUGGCCUAGCAUGUUUGGGAUGAGGCUAAGAAUUGCUCUGGCUGAGAAGGAGGUCAAGUAUGAGUACAGAGAAGAGGAUCUGAGGAACAAGAGUGAGCUGCUUCUGAAGAUGAACCCGGUUCACAAGAAAAUCCCAGUGCUCAUCCACAAUGGGAAGCCAGUCUGUGAAUCUACAAUCGCAGUGGAGUAUAUUGAUGAGGUGUGGAAGGAUAAGGCCCCAUUGCUCCCCUCUGAUCCUUAUGAGAAAUCCCAGGCUAAGUUCUGGGCUGAUUACAUAGACAAGAAGCUGUAUGAUUUUGGCCGGAAAACAUGGUCAACAAAGGGAGAAGAACUGGAGGCAGCUGUUAAGGAGUUGAUAGGAUGUUUAAAGGUGCUGGAGGGAGCCCUUGGAGACAAGCCAUACUUUGGGGGUGAGAGUUUUGGGUUUGUUGAUGUUUCCCUCAUAGGAUACUACAGCUGGUUCUAUACCUGGGAGAGCUUUGGGCAUUUCAGUGUAGAGGCAGAGUGCCCCAAGCUGAUUGCUUGGGUUAAGAGGUGCAUGGAGAAGGAGAGUGUCUCCAAGUCUCUCCCUGAUUCUCACAAGGUCUUGGAGUUUGCCCAGAUGUUGAGGGAGAAGCUGGGUAUUGCUUAAGGGCUUCUUUCCAUUCAAUAACACUACUUGGUUCCUUGGGGUGCCAAGCUGCCAAUUCAAUCCAAGGUUGAUCUUUUGUGCACUUGGUUGAAGUUUAUUUGUGUUUUGUAGGUUUUCAUGUUGUGGAGUUUUAUGUUAUCAAAUGUGGUAGUAAUCUAUGGUCUGUGUGUAGCAGAGACACUUGAGUGUGUCCUGUGACUAGAUGUUGGAUUAAUGUAUGGCAAUAAGCCAAUUAUGUUGGUGUUUGUGCAAUGCUAUCUCCUGUUUAUUGAGAA